AUGUCUCCAUAUAAGCUAGUCUAUGGAAAAGCCUACCAUCUACCUUUAGAACUUGAGCACAAAGCAUAUUGGGCAAUCAAAGAGCUAAAUAUGUCUUUGGAUGAUGCUGGAAAGAAAAGAAAGUUACAACUGAGUGAAAUGGAGGAACAUAGACGAAUGUCUUAUGAGAAUGCCAAGAUCUAUAAAGAAAAGAUAAAGAAGUGGCAUGACAACAGAAUCCAAGACAGAGAGUUGAAAGAAGGACAGAAAGUCCUCUUAUUCAACUCUAGGUUGAAAUUAUUCCCAGGAAAGCUCAAGUCUAGGUGGUCUGGACCUUUUUUCAUCCAUAAGUUGUACUCUUAUGGAGCAGUUGACCUGAUCAACCCGAAGAACAACAUGGUGUUUAAAGUGAAUGGGCAACGAGUUAAGGUAUUUCAUGAUCCUGUAGCAUUCCCAGAGCAUUACUCUGAGAAUUUGGCCACACCUUAG